UCCCGGGAUAAUCCCUUCCGUACCCGUAUAAGUACACGUCAUUCUCGUCCCCCGAAGAGCUCGUCCAAUCGGAUGACCCCAUCCAAGGGCGCCGCGCCGAGUCCAACUCGGAGGGCGACCCCCAAAUAGCCGGCAGCGAUCUCCCUAUCCGCCACGCCACCGUACGCCGCGAAUCUGCGAUGCUCCUCAUCCCGGCCGCCGGAGCCCGCGCAGCCGCCGCCGCCGCCUGCCCCCUCGGCCUCCAGACCCUAAUCGCCGCCGACUCCGACGCCCCCACCCCCUCCUCCUCGUCGUCGUCACCGUGGGGCGGCAACGUGGCCACGCGCACGAUCGCCGCCUCGCCCCGCGCGGUGCGUUGCCUCGCCAGCGGCGGCGCCGGCGGGGCGGGGGGCGGCUGCGACGGGAGGGAGGGGGAGGAUGAUGAGGGGUCCGGGUGCUGGGUGUCGUACGGGUGGCGGCGGCGCCCGCGGCGCCUGCCGCCCCCGAUCCCGUCGCUCCGGCCGCUGGCGAUGGAGCGCACCGCCGACGGCCGCCUCGUGAUCUCGCGGGAGGAGGCCGCGCGCCGCGUCGGCGCCCGGAAGGUCGAGGACCGCCGCCUCGUGCUGGAGCUCGUCGACGGCGAGCGCGACGGCGGCGCGGCGCGGCAGCAGGGCCCGCGGCGGUGGUCGCACCCGCUGGAUGGGCGUCAGGAAGCCGAGCCCCCCGCGGCGGGCGAGGAGGCCGCUGCCGCGCGGGCGCCCGCGGCGCCCCCGGUCCCGGCCGAGGUGUGCUUCGAGGGCGCGAUCCGCGCGGCGUCGCUGCGCGGGGAUGCGGAUGAGCUUGCCUGUGCAUUGAGGGGGAAUCUCAUGUCUUGCAAGCAACUGUUGCACGCGCCUUGAGGAAAAAAAUUUGCGGCCGUAGGAACAAUUUUGUAAUCACCGGAGAGGAAUUAUUGUAGUCGCCGUCGUCCUCGAAUUCGCAGGUGGAAUCGGACCAUAGCGAGAAAAUCAUAGCAGUGUC